AAGAUUUUAAAUCCAUUUUGAUAGUUAAGGAAUUUAAAUUUAUUACUUUAAUAAGAUUUGUAUAUUCUAUUUUAUUAAUUUUUUAAAAAUAAAAAAUAUUUCGAACAUCAGUCGCAAUGAAUACUUUUUAAGAGAAAAUUUUAUCCGUUCCAUGAAUUUGCCCAUUCAUAUCUCCUCUAUAAAGUGCUAUAAAAACAAAUCUUCAACUUCCUUUUUGUGUUGUGCACGUCGUGCGAGCAGAAAAUGAAAAAGGGGUACAUACUGAGACUUUAUAAUCCGAUUUACUAAAACAAAAGGUUGUGCAAGUGAACUUAUAUUGAGGGAGGUGUUGUCUCGUGCAGUCAAAAUGUCGAAUCGAAUCUACUGAGGGAGGGUGUUGUGUCUCGUGAAACACAAAAGCAUAUCCAUGCCUUCUUUGAAUAAAAAACUCGCCCACAUUAUUAUUGUAUAACUCAAAAUAUCCUUAAUCACAAAAUAAAAAUAGUUAAAAAUUUACACUAUUAUUUGUGGAGUGUUGUGAAUUUUCACAAUCGAACUCUCGUAUUAAAAGUUAGAAUGAUUAAUAUCAUUUAUACAAUUAAUGAAUAAAAUAUAUAAUUUAGCCACAAAAUAAAAUAAAUUUAAAAUUUAUUAUUUAUUUGAUUAGAUAAGAGAUUGAAAUUAAUAAUAAAAAAUAAUCCAAAAACUAAAAAAAAUAUAUUAUAACUAAAAAGAUAAUUAUAUAUAUAUACAUAUAUUGUUUUUAUAUGAAAAUAUCUUUUGAUAAAAAAAAUAAAAAAUAAAAACAGAAGAACACAUAACUAAAUUUAAUCAAGUAAAAUCUUACUUUUAUAUAAUUGAAAAGAAAAUAUUGAGUGAUUUGUAAGAUUUAUUUAUUAAUAAUGGAUAUAGUGUAUCAAGAAACUUUCAAAAUAUUUAUAAUACGUAAAAAAUUUCAAAUAAACAUAAAUAAUAAGUUAUCAUUAUAGUUGUUAAUUAAUAAUUUAAUUACUAAUCAUUAAUUAUAAAAUGCUUAUACCCACACGCAGAUGAGAUACCUAGUUGAUAGUAUAAACGAUCUUUAAAAUUGUUCAAAUAAUUUUUUUUUAAUUAUCUAAUGCAGUUUAAAAAUUGGUUAAAAUAAUAUAAAAAGUUUCAUAAUUGUUUAGAAGCCAUUUAAUUUGCAAUUGAUCAUUAGGUUUAUAAAAACUAUUUUCAUAUUUUUCCAAUUUUCUAGCCAGCUCAUUAAGUUUAUUAAAAAAAUGUUUCCAACAAUUAUAACAGAGAAAGAGACUUCCAUUAUUCUCAGUUUGUGUAUCUUCGAACACCUCAAAAAAAAAAACUAUACCAGGAAACAAAACCCUAUAAUUUUUUUCAAAAAAAGAAAAAACAAUAAAAUCGACUAUGGCGGUGCUGAGAUUGUUGUCAGCGUUAGAUGUGGCGAGGAUACAGUUGUACCAUUUCAAGGCGAUUAUAAUCGCCGGAAUGAGUCUCUUCACCGACGCUUAUGACCUCUUCUGUAUAGCUCCGGUCUUGAAAAUGCUCGGCGAAAUCUAUUACCACGAAGACUCAAUCGGAACCCCUAUUCUCUCCACUUUUUACGCCAUCGCUCUUCUUGGCGCCGCCUUAGGUCAGCUCUUAGUCGGCUACUUAGGCGACCGACUAGGACGCAGACGUGUCUACGGUAUAUGUCUCAUGAUCAUGGUCUUGAGCUCCUUCGGCUGCGGUUUCUCCGUCUGCACCACUCGCAAGUCUUGCGUCAUGGCGAGUCUUGGCUUCUUCAGGUUCGCCCUCGGGCUUGGUAUCGGUGGAGACUACCCUCUCUCCGCCACGAUCAUGUCGGAGUUCGCUAAUAAACGGUCGCGUGGGACUUUUAUCUCUGCCGUGUUCUCCAUGCAGGGGCUAGGAAUCUUGAUGAGCUCCGCCGUUACGAUGUCUGUAUGCUCGGCGUUCAAGAACGCAGGAGAAAGGAGUUCAGAGAAAACUAGAGCAGAGGAAUCUGAUAUUGCAUGGAGGUUGAUUCUGAUGAUCGGUGCUAUUCCCGCUGCGUUAACGUUCUACUGGCGAAUGCGCAUGCCUGAAACCGCAAGAUAUACAGCACUAGUUGAGAAAAAUGCUUUCCAAGCAGAAAAAGACAUGCAAAAAGUCAUGUCCGUGUGCAAAGUAUCUCAAGUAGAAGAAGAUUUACCGGAAGAACCACCGUGUUCUUCUUCUUCCUCGUACAAACUCUUCUCUCGCCGUUUCUUCAGCCUCCACGGCCGUGACCUCUUCGCAGCCUCAGCCAAUUGGUUCCUAGUGGACGUUGUCUUCUAUACAAGCAACCUCCUCCUCUUUCAAAUCGUCAAUUUAUCCGACAAACCUGCCAGUAUCUCAAAUGUCUACGACUCUGCCUUCGAAGCAGCUAAGGUCGCAGCCAUCGUAGCCGCGUGCUCCACCAUCCCUGGUUACUGGUUCACGGUUUAUUUCAUCGACAGAGUUGGUCGUGUCAAGAUUCAGAUAAUGGGUUUUUUCUUUAUGGCCGUUGUGUACUUAGCCGCUGGCAUUCCGUACAGUUGGUAUCGGUCUGAUCAUGGUUAUACUAGUAAUAAAGGCUUUGUUGUCAUCUACGGGUUGAUCUUCUUCUUCAGCAACUUUGGUCCCAACACGACGACGUUUAUAAUCCCAGCUGAGCUUUUUCCAGCUAGGUUUAGGUCAACUUGCCAUGGGAUUUCCGGAGCUGCCGGUAAGCUUGGAGCUAUUGUUGGGACUGUUGGUUUCUUGUGGGGCACAAAACGCGACGAAGAGCACAAAGACGUUUUCCCUGACGUCAAACGAGUGAGAAUCGCGUUUUUGAUACUUGGAGGCGUUUGUAUCGCUGGAGUGCUGGUGACGUAUUUCUGCACGCGUGAAACUAUGGGUAGAUCCUUGGAAGAGAACGAAGAGGACGAGAUCAUAACAAGGAUGUCGUCUGCUGAUGAGUUACUUCCAAGACGACAGUGACUUUGAUACCACAAUACAAUCAAUCGUCUUUUGAUAAUUUCCUCUCUAAUUUUCCUUCGUUUCUUAUACUGGUUUGAUACUCACAUUCUCAUGUAAAUUUACUCGAAUUUUUCACUUUUAAACUUGGUCAUCAUUUUAUUCAAUUAAUGACAUCCGUUUUUCUGUUUUGAAUGAAGGUAAACUUUUAUAAAUCUUAAAACACUUAGAAAAGAAUGAUAGGAAAGUUAAUUGUGAGGCUAUGUGAUAUUAAAACCUGAUUAAGUAUGAAUCUCACUUGAUUUUUGUUGGGAAGGAAGUCAUCUUGUUGAUUCCACAUAAAUCUUCUUUGGCUUACGAGUCGAAUAAUUAAAUAAGUAAAAGCAUAUAUAUAUUCUUAAACUUACUGAAAAUUAUCAAAUGUUUCCUUACUAUAAAGUACCCAAGACAUC